CUCACUCCCAAGUCGUAACAUGUGGACGCUUGGUCAGGAACCCUUGGCGUAACAUUUCAACGUAAUGGGCACCCCUCGAAGUAAUAUUUUAACGUGCAGGGAACUCCUAUAGACUUUAAUGGAGCCCCGUCCUCGUAAAAUAUAGACGACAGGGGACCAUGACGUUUCAGAUCUCGGGGAUGACUGGCCCACAAUAGGAAUAAAAAAUAGCAUAAUAAAUGAUAUGUAUAUAACAUUUAAACACAUAGAGAGUGGCAAAAUAACAGCUCCUCCAUUUUUAACAGCCGUUUUUUAGUUUAACGUUGCUCUAUAAAUAAGGUUUUCGCCAGAAGUUUUGGCGGAUAUUGCGUCAAACUGACGAGCUAUAGGCAUUAUACACUGUCGAUAGUCGAUUAAUUAAUUUAUUUUUGUCUUUGCAUAGCUUCAUUUAAAUCUGGUUUAAAUGUUUAAAUGUUUAAGAAACGCAUUUGCCAUUAUUUCUACGCUGGCAUAUUUAGUGUUUUCCUAUGUGGAUAGCGGUGCCGCCCAACUAGACGGAGCGGCAUCCUUGGCGUCGCGCACCGCUCGGAAUAGCCGCCGAGCGCGGCGCUUUCAGCUUUGACUUCAUUGCCGCUGACCUAUCAAGGCGCGACCAAUGGCUGAGCCAAGAAGCAAUGAUGACGUCCCUGCGCUGGUCGUGCAUCUAUGCACUGCGCGCCACUCGACGCACAGAUCUGCACGCGUUUUCAACUUGGUAAGUAAAAUACAGAAGUACAAUUAUCCCCACCGCUACCUAGUUAGCUCAAUAAGUUGUAGUUCAAACCCUUCAACGUGCAGGCUAGCAGUCUAAUGGGACGAUGAAUGAUGUAAAGCGUUAAUAAAAAUACUAGCUAGCUCCAACAAGUGAAACCUACAGUAACGUUAGCGGUAAGGUAACGUUAGCUGCUGUUAGCAAAUCAAGUGUUUCUUUAUGCCUAGCUUAUUGCCACAUAUAACCUCAUAACGGGUACAAUCAUGGUCUCACCUAGCACCUAAGCACUAACUUUGAAAAGCCAUCCCUAACUUUGAUUGAAAAUACUCUAACAGCAGAUUAACUGUUUUGACUUUACUAUUGUGCUAUUCCUGAAUUGUCUACAGUAAAAUGAACUUGAUAAAGCCUGAUAAGUUUUCCUACUGCUAUUGUCUCUCUUAUUCCAUCUCAACAUGUGCUUAAUGUAAUUAGCCAUAACAGUAGAUUUACUAAAAUAUUGGCCAGAUGUGUUGGUGAAGUAGUGGCAGAGAAACAGUAAAUAUGUUGUUUAGACAGUUACAAAAUGCAGUUUGUCUAAUAUUUGUCAGUAAGUUUAUAAUCACACAGUGUAAUAAAUCAGUUACUAGUUCAUAGUAAGUUUUUACUAUGCCUAAUUAAGAUAAUUUUCUCUAAGUUGGCAUGGUGGCUUACGGAAUUAUUUAAUUACUUUUUUAUAAAGGAUAAUAAUUACAAUUCCAGCCACAGAUAAAUGACAUUUUGUUUAAAUUAGGCUUUUUGCAAUUGCUCAAAUUGUAUCUUAUUUGUGUUUCAAAUCAACUUUAUUCUUUCUGUACUGAAAGGAUUUAAAUUAGAGGUUUUUCUGAGUAAAUGAAUAGAGCUGAUGUUACUUAAUGCUGCCGUGUACUUUUCUGGUUCAGUAAAACCAUGAGCUGUUGUUAACAAUUAAUGCCUUAUUUUAAUAUCACAGUAAAAAUAAUCCUUAUAUAUUUUAUUCUCAUUUGCAGAAAUGACAAAACCCAAACUUCUUAAUGAUGACAUCCCCGCAAUGCUCUUGCAUCUCCACUCAACGCCUCUGCACACACUUUCAACUUGAUCUGAACGAUUACCUGCUUGAUGAAAAACUUACUGAUGACCUCCAAAAUGCUGAUGAACUGCUUGCUGAGCUGCAGAAAGAGAAGGCAGCACUACCAGCUAGGACAUCCACGUCAAAAGUCAGGUGGAGAAAGAGAGACAGUGAUGGGAAUGUACUCUAUGCAAGGCCAAGGUCACGCAGGAAUCAGUCAGAAAAAGCUGGUGAUCACACGCCUAAUCCUCCCUGCAACACUGCUGAUCAUGGCCCUAACUCUGCUUCAGAGACUGCUUCAAAGACCAUCUCUGCUGAAUGUCUUGUGCAAGAUCUACAGUACUCCUUGAGUGUCUCUGAUGAUGAGAUACAAGAAGCUGCAGUUGACCAGGGAGCUCCUCUGGCUUCUGUGGAUUGGAGCACUCGUAACGCUCUCUUUUUUGAGAGAUGGAGGGCAAAGAGACCUUACCUUGUAAAUAGCAUGCUGGCACAGGGGAACGUGGAAACAAAAAUCUGCAGUCAAUGUGGGAUCAACUGUGCAGCUGUCAGAUGCAGAGACUGCUUACCAUGUCCAUUCCUCUGCGCUGAAUGCGACAUCAGCCGUCACAACAAAACCUACAUCCUUCACAACCGGGAUGCUAUGUGUGCUGGUUUCUUUCAGCCAUUGCCUCCAACCAGUUGCGUUGUGGAUAAUGCUGUUACACACUGUGUACGGCUUUUGCCUAUUGAGAUGCCUGUCCAAAUCUGUCGCUGUCCACCAGAGGCAUUGAGGGUCAUCCAAGGAAAGGCAGUUGCUUUGGUCACAAUAAAUGGACGGUAUGAUCUCAACAUGCCAGAGCUAAGCUGCGAGGGAUGCCAGGCUACUUGGACUGCAGAAGUGGAUGACCUUAUACAAAGUGGCUACUGGCCCGCCACCCUCAAUUUUGCGACAGUUUAUGAGGAAGACUUAUUUUUUACUUUUGAGAGCAUGAAGAUGGCAUCACCUGGAAUGUCCUGUCAGGCAUUUCUACGAAUGCUUGAGAAGCGGACUGUUCGCUUUGGCCGUACUGGAAAGCUCUCAUCUGACAGCUUUCAGAAAAGCUUUUUUGAAUGGGCUGCUGUUCAAUAUGAAGUUGAUGCCAUUUGCAAAGAGGAGCAAUUUAGCUGUCCUGCCUGCACUCCAGCAAUGCUUGCCGUCUCGGUUGACGGAAACCGCAAGCUUUAUCGUUUCAAGAGUACAGCACGAUCAGAGGAGCGGCCGAUCUUUGAUGGUGUCUUCAUUGCUAAUGAUGAAGAUGUGACCAGAUUUGUGGACCAAGUACACACCAAAACCAAACAUGUCACUGGAAAAGGCAUUUGUGGUGGGGAGUGGUUGGCAGCCCGAGAGACUUCCUGCAGAUCUAGGAGUAAGGUGGAUGAGGAAGGACUGGAGCUGGCAGUUUGCAGGCACGGUGUCUUGCUGUCUGCCCUUAAUAUGUUUAGGGGUGAAAUAUAUGCAUACCCCAUGUUCAUUCUUACAGAACCAGCUUGCGCCCAAGUAAAAUGGAGUGGAGCCAACCAAGAUGGGGCUGGUUCGACAUUAGGGGAGGAAGUAGAGCAGUGUAAUGCGUUUCUCUCCAGAAUAGCGGUCACUACAAAGCACAUGUCAAAAGCAGGACGCAAUGACAUGCUUACACUCCUCUCCAUGAGAUGGAACCAGCAGAAGUUUCAAAACCUGGCAAAUUCUCUUUCCCAAAGAUACCAUAAGUUGGGGGACCUGGAAACUCUGAAAGCCAAGCUUCAACUGCAAGAAAAAAACAUGGAGGAAUUUGUGCAAGAUGUGAAAGACUGGGCAGAUGGCGCUGUUGAUUUCAGCACAAAAAAGGAAGUCUUUGAUAGGGUCAUGGCAGUUCGAAGGCUUCAAGAGGAGAAGAAGAUCCUUGUCAAAGAGAUCAAGCAGCACUGGGAUUCUCUGAAGUCCCAUGCCAGAGUCUUGUCUGAGUGGUCUUUCCAUCAGAGUGAAAACACCCAAGGACAUCUCACAGAGAAUGCGAAGAAGGGUGUCACUUGCCUCAUCCGCAGAAGGCUGAGGCAAAUGAAAGAGCUGCAAAGGCGUGCAAGAAAAGUCUACCUGCAUGUCCUGUCUAACCCAGAAAAUGACAAUCAGUUUUUUUGCACUACAGAUAGUUCAGAUGAAUUUGACUUUAGCUCGGAAAGUUCAGACUCCGAUGUUGACGCUAUGUAA